AUGGACCUGGGGUACUUUCCCCUCGCCCUCCCGCCGGGACUGUGUCGCGGGGCCCGGCUGCCUCCCUGCCGGCGGGGGGACAGCGCCUUCCCGGCGCUGGGUACCGCGGCCAGCGCCGCGCCUUCCCCGCCGCCUGCGUGCGCGGAGGAUGUGGGGUACGCGGACGCUUCGGCCGCGGCAUCAGGCUCCAGCUACUGGCCGUCUCGAGGAGCCGGAUCACCGGGCUACGCCACGUCCAUCUUCCCGCUGCCGCCGCCGGAGUCCGGCAGUCCCUGCCCCUGUCCUGGCGCGGGGGGCGCGGAACUAGGACGACUCUGUCCCUGCCCCGGGCCAGCCCCAGCUCCCGGCUCCCUGGCCCCCUCAGCGGCCCCGGCGGCUCCCCGCACCUUCGAGUGGAUGCGACCGAAGCGGAGCCUGCCCGGAAGAAGCGGCGCUGCGCCGUGCAAGGGAGACCCUCCUGCCUGUCCCACACGCACCAGCUUCAGCACCCGGCAGCUGACAGAGCUGGAGAAAGAGUUUCACUUCAGCCGGUACCUGUCGCGGGCCCGCCGCCUGGAGGUGGCCCGCUCGUUGCGGCUUCGCGACGCCCAGGUGAAGGUCUGGUUCCAGAACCGCCGCAUGAAGCAGAAGAAGCGGGAGCGGGAGGCGCAGGCCGCCCCCGCCACGGAGCCCACAGGUGUUCCGGGAGGCUCCGCAUGA